AUGGAUGCUCAGUCUGUGUCACAAGCAACAGAAUUUGGAGUCACCACAUCUGGAAGAAAGUUGAGGGCACCAGAGGCUCCAAGUACUCAAGACUCAGAGUGCUCACAGCAGUCCUCAAAGACCUGUCUACAGCUGAGCAAGGCUGGUUCUGCAAAACCAAUAGAUGAAUCUGGAGGAGCCACAUCUGAAACAAUGCCAGCCAAAAGCCGGAGCAAGCAAAGUAACCGGGCUCCUGAAUGUGAGAAGCAAAGAAAGAUUCCUCAGAGAACAGCCAGAGGAGGGAGAGGCAAAGGAGCACAGGAUGAGGAGGGGAUAGAAGGCUCAGAAAAGGCAGCUAUUCUGUCUCCAUCAGCCCCAGAGCAGCUCUCUGCGCACUGCCCACACGUCAGGCAGACUGGAUCUACCCAAAGGAGGAGAGAAUCUGCAGGACACCUCGGACAACUCUAUUCCAGGUCCGCCUCUGCUGACCUGUGUGAGAGCUCAGAGAUGGCAGCAGCUGCUCUCGCCAUGCCAAGCCAAGAUGUUGUUGUCCGCAUUAAAAAGAGGGCAAAAACCCUCACUCUGAAACAAGAGGAGAUAACCAAGGCUGCUGGAAUAUUUAAUGGGUUCAUUGACCCAUUCAUUAGCUACCUGAAGGAGUGUCCAGAGAGGCCCUACUUUAAGAAGGUGACCAAGUUGACCACAGGCAGCUACUAUGAGUUUGUGAAAAUUGAUCACCCAGAUGAGUUUGACGUGAUGCUGGCUCUGCCAGUUCGAAGCUAUCUGUACACAGAGGUGGUUGACUGGAAUGGGCUCUACUACAAGGUUACUUUACAGAGGCAGUCCCGGAGCUUCCCCAAAUCUUUUCUGCUGGAGGAUGGGAAUACCGUGUCGCCUGUGAAAGUCCUGGAGGAAUUCAGGAAACAUGUCAGUCAGUUCAUUGUAUCAUCCUACGAAAUGCCUUCCCCAGGGUGGAAAAUUAAGCUAAGCAGGAAGAAACAGAACAGCCCAGCAGCAACUGUCGUGAUACUGGAUGACAAAGGUGAUGAGGUCGUGUCUAUUGAUCUUGUUCCUGCUUUGGAAGUCUCACCCCCCUGGCCUGAAUCAUGUGGGGUAGGGAAGGAUGUUGAAAAAUGGCUGGGGAAGAAAACCAAGCUGAGGAAUAACCCAUUUUAUUUUGUUGCCAAGCAGCCAAGUGGGCACGAUGACAAAGAGGUCUGGAGAAUUUCUUUCUCUCAUAUUGAAAAGGAGAUUUUGAAUAACCAUGGCAACACUAAAACCUGCUGUGAAUCUUAUCAUACCAAGUGCUGCAGGAAAAUCUGUAUCCGGCUGCUGAAGAGCCUUUUUAAGGACCUGAAGAAAAAUUAUCCCAGGCAACUAAGUCACCUGUGCUCUUACUAUGCAAAGACGUCCUUUUUCCACACUCUGACGCAGUGGAAAGAGGACUCAGACUGGAAACCUUCUGACAUUGCCUCCUGUUUUCUCAGAGUGCUGGAUGACUUCAUUCGGCAUGUGGAAAACACCAACCUGCCCCAUUUUUUAAUUCCAAACUGCAACCUGUUCUAUAGCUUCCCUCCAAAGGAUUUGAAAUUCCUGCUAGAGCGCUUACGAGAGCAGAAAGGGAAUGGGUUGCAAGCAUUUGCAGCUCACGAGGAAUAG